CCCUUCGCCUAAUUCAGGCACCUGUCCUGGUUCAGCUCUGCCCUGCCUACUGUUGUUGUGCCAUAAAGGCAGUGGCUCUUCCUGUCAAGUAAACUGGCUUGGUCUCGCAUAUGUCCCAGCCCCUCAGCAACAACUAAGUAUGGGAAGGGAAAUUUGGACACAGCAUAUCAGCUACAGAAUGGCAUUCUCUUCCUUUUGUCUUGGAAACAGAUCUCAUUCUGACAUUUAAUAUCUCAAUGCAUCGUUCAUGGUGGAUGGAAAAUGGACCAGGCUGCACCGUGACCUCAGUAACACCAGCCCCAGACUGGGCUCCAGAGGAUCAUCGUUAUAUCACUGUCUCGGGGUGUUUUCUUGAGUAUCAGUACAUAGAAGUGGCUCACAGUUCUCUUCAGAUCUUCCUUGCACGUCACUCAUCUCGACAAGUCCCAGCAGGCCUGGAAGAAGAGGAGAUGCAUCCUGCUUUUCAUAUGAAUCUGUUUCCAUUGUGAGCACUUAAGAGAGUUCUUCUGUUGAAAAGCAAUUAGCUUCUACAGUCUAGGGUACCAUUUAGAAUAUCCAGGCUCACGUGUUUCAUCAUAAAAUUGACCUUUUAAAUUUUUUAUGUCUGAGAUUCCCCGCUAAAAGACUAAGCAUUAAAAAAAUACAACCCUAGAGAAAAUACUGAAGGCACAUGUGGAAUUUAUUAAAGGAUGUCUGGCCCUGAAGUGCUGCAGAUAGCAACUCCAUCUG